AGGUAAAACACCACACAGAGUAGAGUGCAAAAUUUGACAUAAGCUGCAUUGCGAUUAACAUUAUAUUGUAGUUUAUCAAGAAAAAGUUGUUGGUUUUUCGUGUAAUUUUACAUUAAACUGUUGCAUUAGAAUGUAUCCAAAAAAUGGUGAUUACAACCAUCAUCAACAAAAGCAUCCUUCAGCUCCUCCAUCGAACUACGAUAUGACGUCACAGCCAAUGUAUCCAACAAGCUAUCCAAUUCCACAACAAGCCCCACAAAUGCUGUAUCGUCCCCAUUCGGCUCCACCGCCUUCGUACACAAUGGUGCAGCAGCCAUCAUACGUUCAAAGUGCUCCGAUGUUACCGCCAACAUUACCAAAUUACAUUUAUCCACCACAGGUAGCCUUUCAACAGGGUCCACCACCGAGCUAUGGUGUCCCUCAAUAUCCUACUGGAUACUGUCCAGCUCCUCCAUAUCAGCGACAGAUUCAACCGAUGCAACAACAUGUGAUGUAUAGUGAUCCCACCAUGCAGAAAGCCGUUUUUGAUGCUGGUGCUAGAUUUAACGGAAAAGGUGGAGCUUCGAUGAGCGUUCCACCCCCACCCCCAGGCUAUUUACCAAACGCAGCACAGAUUGCUGCUAUGCAAGGACAGACGGUUAUGAUGGAGAAAAAAGAGGAGAACUUCUUUACUGGCGGUAAGGGAGGCGGAGUCACCUUUUGGUAGUUUCUCGAUCAAUAUCGUGCAUAUAAAAUGGAAAAAAUUAAAGUAAAUUUACAACAUACAUCGCAAGAAGCUGAAGCUGAAGAAAAUAAAAAUUUAAAUUAGAUUUACUUCGUUGUCUUAAACCAGAAGUUAUUGUGUUUAUUUUUAUAAGUUUGUUGUUUUAAUAAAAAAAAAAGUUCGGAAAAAGACACAAAA